AAGCAAAAGGUCUUAAAGACUCUCUUUGAGUAGGGCUUGGUCUUUUGACGCUCCUAUGCUCUUACAAUAAAGGGUAGAGACUGGGGAGGACUUAGGAGCAGUCUUUGGCUCUCAAAGCUCCACCCUUUUCAUCUGUUUUCUCUCUGCUUGCAUCCACACCCGUUAUUAAUUUUUCUGGUGUGUGAUGGGGGAGAGAAUCCUACCUGGGAGUUACUUUCAGUACCCUCCCUCUGGAGCCCAUCAAGCUUCUCCUCAUAGGUCCAAUUCUCUUCCCUCAGAUCGUGAAAGAUACGUGGCUGAAUUAUUGGCAGAGAGGCAAAAGUUGGUACCAUUUAUACAAGUUCUACCACAAUGUAGCAGGCUUCUUAAUCAAGAAAUCAGACGAGUAUCAGGUUUCAGUCAAAGUUUUGUAGAUCAUGAAAGAUAUGAACACGAGAGUCCAUAUAGGUCAUUAGGCCAACAGCCAAAUGGAAGAUCAAUGGAUUUGGAGGCGUGGUCUGGGAUGCAAACAGAGGAAAAUGGGCAUCUUCAAAGAAUGGCCUCAUUUCAGGCUGCUUCAAUGGGCUGGCCUGGGGUCCCUGGAGUCCAAACCACACCUGUCAUAAAGAGAGUGGUCAGACUUGAUGUCCCCGUUGACAAAUAUCCAAAUUAUAAUUUUGUCGGCCGUAUAUUGGGACCACGGGGAAAUUCCUUGAAAAGGGUUGAAGCCAUGACAGAAUGCAGGGUUUACAUACGAGGCAAGGGGUCUGUAAAGGAUUCUUUAAAGGUUUUGCCACAAAUAGCUCUUCCCCAACUUUCUUCAAUGGAGGAGAAACUAAAAGAUAAACCUGGAUAUGAACACCUGAAUGAGCCACUGCAUGUGUUGGUGGAGGCUGAAUUUCCAGAGGAUAUAAUAAAUGCCCGCUUGGAUCACGCUAUAACAAUACUAGAAACUCUCUUGAAGCCUGUGGAUGAAUCCUCAGAUCACUAUAAGAAGCAUCAACUAAGGGAAUUGGCUAUGCUUAAUGGUACCCUAAGGGAGGAAAGCCCAAGUAUGAGUCCAAGCAUGAGUCCUAGCAUGUCACCCUUUAACACUGCAGGAAUGAAAAGGCCCAAGACAGGAAGAUAACCUUACAUUAUGUAGAUGGAUGAUUAGUUAAUUGCUGGAUGACAGCAACUGAUUGAUACAAGUCCCUGAUAGCUUCUCUUCUUUAUGCAUUCUAUUUCUCACCACCUUGGGAGCUGACUAUUCAGGAAAGGCUAAUCGCAUGGAAUCUCAGUUGGGUUCGUUUGGUUUGCUAGAUUUGUUCAAUAUGGUAUUGCAUUUAUCUAUAGUAUUUAUUCUUUGUUUCUUGUAUUAUUAUUUCUUUGAACAUGAAAUUAGUUAUUUCAUUGGUUAAAUCAGAUAAUGUGGUGUAUUUUCUUAAUCUUUUCAAGUCCUGUAACCUCUUAAAUGUAUUAGGAGACUUGCAGAAUUCAUGAUUGUGUUACUGUUUAAUUCUGAAACAUUUCUAUAUUCAUUGAUCA